UACCUGCGAUGUCUCAUGACAUCGCCGUCACAGUAUAUACAAUACCCCUGUGUCACCGUCAUCGUGCAUCCAAUCGUCACGCACGGACGAGCUGCCGCUGGUCGACCCGAUACCUGGCCACUUAUACUGUGACCUGGCUGUGAUAAUUACCGAGGCCCGUCGCGCCCGUGCACGCCGCGACCGCGACGAUCGCCGCGAUGACAGUGUCGAGAUAGAAUGACGGGCAUCCCGAGGUCCACGGAGCGGAUUAUACUGGGAGAGAACCAUGGCUUUCCCACCUUUAGUCAGCUCCACGCCACCACCCUUAGACAACUUCAGAGAGUCUGAUGAAGAUGAAUUCGGAGACUUCACGACUGGUGGAAUAGAUGGUCUAUCCGCUUCAUCAGGAUCCCCACAGAAACUUAUUACUCCGAUACAGACCCCAAUAGCAUCACAGAACGUAUCUCCUAGAAUAAACGGUAUUACCGAGUCACCAGUAUUGGAUGAUUGCCCUAAGAUAAACGAAGCCUCGAAAUGUGGCGUUAUCGACGAUCUGCUGAUCGUCGAGAAGGCAGAGAACAAUGUGAGCCACGUAAGAUUGAAGGAUAGAACGGAUAAUAGUAACGUAUUGGAAAACAAUUUUAAAGAAGCUAGUACAACAGAACACAGUCUAUUAGAUUCACCUAGGAAUGGCGAGUCGCGUAAUGUUGAGACUAGUAAUAGCAUUCAUCACGUUUGUACUCAGAAUGUUUUAGCUAAGGAGAAUUUUAUUGAUACGGAUGUAAUUAGUAGCAACAAUAGUAGUUUAGCAGAUAGCGUAAAGACAGUCAGUGAGCAGGAGGGAUCGUCGAACGAUUUGGAGGCGAAUGACGAGGUCGAACCUGUGAGUCUGGACUUGGAGGAUCCUACGAGCACGCCGGACAUUCUGGACGACGAUUUUUACAAUUACGAACAGUUCAAAGAUUCUACCGAGUGGAACGACGCUGUUUGCGAUAAAGAGAUGGAUGUAACUGUGACGGUUCUGCAGACGGAUUACUUGAACGACAAGCCUAAUUCCGUGGACACAGAAUGCAACGUAACGGACGAGAUUGGAGAAACUUACGCGUCAUACGGCGAGAAUGAAACCUGUGUCAAUGAUACUAAUGAUAAAUCUGCCUUUAUCCACGAUGAAAGGACAAUUUCCAGUUUUGUUACCUCGCAAGAACUUAAUGUAGACGGUACCAAUGUUUUUAGACAAUCGGACUGUGAAUUCAGUAUUCAGCCGAAAUAUAUAGAGAUGUACGAUGUAAUAUCCAACGCUGACGCGAGCAAUGAGAAGUCGAGUAAAAGUGUAAACGAUUCUUUCAACUUUGAUUUCACUUUCGACAAGGAUGCUGUGAGAGAGGAAUCAAAUGUAGAUCAUACAUCCGUACAUAAUGAAGACAUUCACCUUCAUAACUCUAGUAAAAAAAGCGACGCGAGUACUUUUGCUAAUAAUUUCUGCGAUAUAAAAAAUACUAUACAAUCAAAAGAAAGCGAAUAUGUAGCCGUAGAUACAACAAAUCAAACUAUUCAAAAGGUAGAUGUGAAUGGGGCAAGCGAGGAAAUUUCCGUUUAUGAGGAAAGAGAGUCGAGUAGUGAGGAAAUACGCAAACAGUACAUUCCGGAAAAUAGUUUUGACGCACCCGAUCUGGAUAAUUCUGAUUUUACAGAAUUUAUGGAGCAUAGAGAUUUUGACGAUGUGUCGGAGUUGACAAAUAAUUACAAUUCAAUAUCCAGUAAUAGUACAUACGAGACAGUACAAACUCACGAUUUACAUACAUCUUCAUCCGACGCGUCUUGUAUACAAAAAUUUUCACCAAUGAAAGGAGCUUCACUGCCAUCUACUAAUACAUCCCUCGACUGUUUAAAGGAUAAAGUUAAUAUUACGAGUACCGCGGGCGAAGAAUGUGCCACAUAUGAAAGCAAAAAUUCUGCAGUAUAUUUUAGCGACGGCGAAUUUUAUGAUUUUCAUUUACGAGCGAACGAGCCGGCAGCAACCGAAGCGCGAGAGAAUGGUUGUCCCGAGUUCGAAAGUGCGGACAACGAAAAUGACGAUUUUGGCGAUUUUGCUAAUUUUUCGAGUACGACGGUAGAAUGGAAAUCUGACGAUGCUGAAGAACUGAAGGUACCUGACGACGACGAUGAUUUCGGAGACUUUAGUAAUUUUGAAACGUCAACCGAUGUAGUAGAGACACAGCAAUUUAGUUUAAAAGAAUCUAUAUGUCGGAUAGAAAACAAGAAUGCUGCGAAUAAAAUAGAAGAUAUAAUAACAAACAUGUUUUCCGUGGUUUCUGAAUGUCACGAAGUUGAGUUGAAAGCCUUAAUAGAUAAGACAGAUAAAGUUUGGCAGAAUGUGAAGAGCGUGGAAGAAACCAAUGCCCUCACUUACCAAUGGGCGAAUAGUAGUAGUAACAAUGUUCUCUUAAAUGCUCUUGGCAUCGAUUCUCGGAACAUUUUAUUUGGACCGAGGUGGAACCCGAAUAUACCAAGAUUUGCUGCAAAUCUCGGCUUUACUCCGUUAGAGCCAAUUAAAGCUACUGCUGAGCUUCAUCAGUUUUCUGCAGCUAAUACCAGCAAGACACAAGGCGCGGCUUGUUCAGAUGAAGUACCUGCUGCCCAAUUUGAUUGGAAUAGUUCUGGCCUUGUAAAUCCUCUAGAUGCUAGUGGUGGUGGGUUAUCCGCUCUUCUGCCUCUGGAUUUGUUGUGUCCGUUUGAUCCUCUACUAACACCUCAUUGCUCCACAUAUUCCGAAUCCUAUCAUCAGUCAUCUUGCUCAACAAACUCCGUUUAUUACUAUCCACUAGAAGCAGUUAUGCAAGAACCAAGCGGAACCAACAGUUCACAAAAACAUCAAAAAUCGUCUCAGACAUCCAAAAUAAUAGAACCAUUGCCAGGACCAUGCACAAUAGAAUGGAAGAAGAAGACCGAGCAAGAUUUUGGAAUUAAGCAGAAGAGCAAUCCGUCGCAUCGAACACUGAGAAAUGUUCCUCUGACCAACAAUAAGUCGUUUCCAAUAAGCAAUAAUACAUCCAGGGUACACGAGUAUCACAGAAAGAUGUCGGUAGGUAAGAAAGAGAACAUGCAAGAUGCGGAACACGUGGUUAUGGACCGAUACGGGCGACCGAUGACCGUGCAAGCCGAGACCGUGAAAGUUCUGAAUAAGUUACCGGACCUGUCGUUUUUGAACGCGAGAUCUUUGUUGUUCAAUCGCGAGCAAAGGCAAAUCGUGCCGGAUCUCGGGGCUAUGAUAAAUCGGAAGAUGCCCGGCUGAGUAACAUCGGUCUGAAUGCGAGUUUGAAAGGGUAAACGCGAGAGGAAACUUCCCAGAGAACCUGUUGCGAGCUGGAUGUUUCUAAGUGAUCCAUACAAUCAAAAACGUACUUCUGCUACCUUUCAAACCUGUGUUCAGACCAACCUUUGAUCCAACCUUGGCUCUUCCACAUCAGAAAAGGAUAACGAGACGCCACGUAUGAAAGACACUCCCUAUAUUAAUCUAUUCGCUUGCGGCACCGAGCAAUGCACUUCGACAUUCCGAAUCAUCAUUGUUUUGUGAUUUUGUAGCGCUAAUGGUAUUGUUACUGAUGAAUCCUUCAAAGUCUUUACUUUGUUGCGCAAUUACGAUUUAAUGUUGUACUGAUCAUUUCAGAAAUUAUGGCACGUAAGUUGUUUUGUUAACUCAAUAGUUAUGUAAUCUUUAUUAAAGACAGUUUUAUGUCCUUAAUUAAAUAGAUAUAAGAACUCACACAUUCGGCCAUAUUCUAGUCUACAGUUCUUAAUGAUAAUUUAUGUAUUAUAUAUUAGAAGAGAUUCGUUCAUGUAUAUUUUCGACGAUAAUUGCAGGCAAUUAAGCAGCGCCAGAGUAUUGUACUCGUUUGUAUCGCAUUUCAAAUUUACCUACUAAUAUUCUGGAACUACUUUUAGAUGAGCAAAUCUGAAUAUUCGAGUUAUACAUUCAAGAAGCCGCGCGUACUUUGUACGACGUUCAUCUGUUACAAUUUCAAGCAAUCAUAAAUAUUCCCCAGUCAUAUAGGGAACACACAUUAAUUACCCAAAACUAUAUACUAAUCGUAAGUCAAUUAUCGUAGAAUGAAUCUGACGAGAUUGAUAUCUGUAAUGAAAUCGUCGAGUGAUAAUACGUUCAACAAAUUCGCUUGAUGCUUUUAUUGCACAUUUUGAAUUUCUACUGUGGAACGUGAUGUACUUAAUUAUGUAAAUCUCGGCAUUUGCAUAUUGAUCAUUAGAGCGAAACGAUAAAUAUUAUUACCAUUAUUCGUUAUUUAUUAAUGACAACAUUGUAAUAUAUAUUUUAUGUAAAAUAUUGUGGAUAACAUUAACACAUAGGCAAUCUUUGAUGAUCGAA